GACAAGAUGGCGGCGCGGGCGGGAUUCCAGUCCGUGACUCCCAGCUCCGGCGGCGGCGGGGGAACCGCUGCCGGGGCCGCUGCUUUAGGACCGGGUACACCGGGAGGGCCGGUACGCAUGGGUCCGGCUCCUGGACAAGGCUUGUACCGUUCACCGCUGCCGGGAGCCGCCUACCCGCGGCCCGGGAUGUUACCGGGCAACCGGAUGACGCCUCAGGGCCCGUCCAUGGGGCCGCCCGGGUACGGCGGGAGCCCGGCGGUGCGGCCCGGCAUGGCGCAGGCCGGCCUGGACCAGGCCCGCAAGAGGCCGGCGCCUCAGCAGCUCCAGCAGGUGCAGCCUCAGGCCGUGCCCAACCGCAACCACAAUGCUAAAAAGAAGAAGAUGGCUGACAAAAUUCUACCUCAGAGGAUCCGUGAGCUGGUGCCCGAGUCUCAGGCCUACAUGGACCUGCUGGCCUUCGAAAGGAAACUGGACCAGACCAUCAUGAGGAAGCGUUUGGACAUCCAGGAAGCUCUGAAGAGACCCAUUAAGCAAAAGCGAAAGCUGCGCAUUUUCAUCUCCAACACCUUCAACCCAGCCAAGUCAGACGCGGAGGAUGGUGAGGGAACCGUGGCCUCCUGGGAGCUGCGGGUGGAAGGGCGGCUGCUGGAAGAUUCUGCUUUGUCCAAAUACGAUGCCACCAAGCAAAGAAAGUUCUCAUCCUUCUUUAAGUCUCUGGUCAUUGAACUUGAUAAAGACCUGUAUGGCCCUGACAAUCACCUAGUAGAGUGGCACAGGACUGCUACAACUCAGGAGACAGAUGGCUUCCAGGUGAAGAGGCCAGGAGAUGUGAACGUGCGCUGUACCGUCCUCCUGAUGCUUGUGUUUCAGCCUCCCCAGUUCAAGCUGGAUCCCCGCUUGGCUCGUCUCCUGGGGAUCCACACUCAGACCCGCCCUGUCAUCAUCCAGGCCCUGUGGCAGUACAUCAAGACCCACAAGCUGCAGGACCCCCACGAGCGGGAGUACGUGAUCUGUGACAAGUACCUGCAGCAGAUAUUCGAGUCGCAGCGGAUGAAGUUCUCGGAGAUCCCGCAGAGGCUCCACGCGCUGCUCAUGCCCCCGGAGCCCAUCAUCAUCAACCACGUCAUCAGUGUUGACCCAAAUGACCAGAAGAAAACAGCUUGCUACGACAUUGAUGUGGAGGUGGACGAUACCUUGAAAACUCAGAUGAAUUCCUUUCUGCUGUCCACAGCCAGUCAACAGGAAAUUGCUGCUCUGGAUAACAAGAUUCAUGAAACAAUAGAGACAAUUAACCAGCUGAAGACCCAGCGGGAGUUCAUGCUGAGCUUUGCCCGAGAUCCUCAGGGCUUCAUCAACGACUGGCUACAGUCCCAGUGCAGGGAUUUAAAGACAAUGACUGAUGUUGUUGGGAAUCCUGAAGAGGAGCGUAGAGCCGAGUUCUACUUCCAGCCCUGGGCUCAGGAAGCUGUGUGCAGAUACUUCUACUCCAAGGUGCAGCAGCGGCGACAGGAGCUGGAGCAGGCCCUGGGCAUCCGUAACACCUAGGCUGCUCUGCUCCUGCCCAGCCAGAAGCAGCACAGCUACUUGUGGAGAUGGAGCUGCAGAGCACGCUGCUGAAGCUCACGUUGAAUCCCGCUCCGGCAGCGAGCCCCACAUCAUUACUCACCCCAGCGUUGGGGCAGCUCCAGGACACCUGGGGUCUCCUGGGCUGUGGCAAGCAGACAGGCUCCAACAAGCACACAUUUCUACCUGAUUUUCCUCCUGACUGUUGCCUUGUCAGUCCCAAGGCUUCCGAGAGCCUCCCCUUGACUCCUCACUGCCCGUAGUGUCCCCGGUAGCUGCUGCAACUGCUGACCUGGAGCCUUUCUCAAGCGCAGAAACCGCAGCCCGUUGUUCCCUGACCAGCACCUCGCUUGGCACACGUGAGACCUGCGUCUGGCAAGCCUGGAUCUACUCCAAGGGUGGAGCUGUGGGGCUGAUCUCUUCCCUGCCUCGUUUGCUAGCGAGGUGCCAGAGGUGCAGGCGGGAUGCCGUGAGCUGACGUACCUCCCUGCCCUGACCCCCUGGCUCGGAGGGUGCUGCUGCACUGGGCUGCCUCACAAGUCACUCCCCCUCCUCGAGGAAGUUACUGGACUGUUUAGAGAAUUGCUUCUUCCCUUGUCCCUUCUCCCCUGCCCUUCGUGCUCUUUGACUGUGCUGGGUUGGGGUCGGAGGGGAGGUGAGGCCUCGGCUUCCUGCAGGGAUGUGGAAGCAUCGGAGUGCUGAAACUUGUCUGUGCUUCAACAGAGCUGCACCUGUGGUCCCAGCAACCCCAUCGGGCUGCUUGUUCUCCCUGGAGCAGGGAGAGGGGAUGCAGCAGCUGCCUGGUGGGAUGGGGAGGGGCACAGGGUUGUGGGCUCAUUCCUUGGGGACAGUUGUUGUGUGUCACUUGGGGACUGGAGGCUCCUGUGUGUGGAUGGAGCAGCGCAGACGUGGGGCCGGGUGGAGCUCCUGAGUUAGUGGCUGUUUCCAUGCUGGAGCUCCUGUGGCUUUUAGUCAAGUUUUAGGUUCUGGGGCCGCCACGAGGCCCAGCAUGGUUCAGGAAUACACAAGUAGAUGUGUGCUGUGGGGAGCAGCAGCCCAGAUGCCUCCUCAUGGGAUGAAUUGCUGAUGAACUAGUGGUCAGGUGUCAGAGAGCAGCUUCUCCGGGCCCGGAUCUCGGCGUUUCCCCUCGGGUCUGGGACACAAACGGACUUGAGGGUUGUCAUUUUCUCUUGGAACAGCUGCAAGGUCGUUACUGACAAACCCACCUCGUGCUGGGAAGGUUGCUCUGAAUUUGGGAGCCUGGGUGGCCCCUUUUCCUUGUGUCUGUGUAACUACAUGUCUGUGAGUAAUAGACUCUCGCCUUCCCCUUUUCCCCUUAUGAAGCGGCUCCUCUGUGGUACUGGGGUGAAGGUCUUGGUGCUGAUGAAGCAGCCCCCUGACUCCUCAGGGUAAUCACACAUGAAGGAUGCUGAGUACUGCAUAGGCAAGCAGAGCUGUUGCAGAAUAACUGCUUUUCUUAACUGAAUAUUCCAGUUUUUUCCAUGGACCAAACGUGUUUUUGUACUGUAUCCCUGUAGCUGUCACCCAGUUUUAAUAAAAGCCUCCU